AUGAUUACCAGCUGGCAUCUAGCAUUCUCUGCCACACGCAGCAGUAGUGUACUGGGUGGCUCUCAGAAAACCUUGACGUUCGACCGCCUCCUUGUCAACGUGGGUGGUGACUUCAACCCAGACACAGGUCUAUUUCGUUGCCGGGUGGCCGGUGCCUACUACUUUACCUUCACAGUGGGGAAGUACCCAAAGAAGUUGUUGUCAGUCAUGCUGGUAAAGAACAGACAGGAAGUGCAGGCCAUGGCUUAUAACGAAUCCAAUAAACAAGGCCGGAAAGUGCAGAGUCAGAGUGUUAUGAUCAGUUUGAUGCCCAUGGAUACAGUAUGGCUGCUGGUGCAGCAGAGUUCAGACUAUGCCCUUUACAGGGCUGUACCCUACAUUACUUUCUCUGGAUAUCUUAUUAACCCAGAGAACACAUCCACCAUGGGAUACCUAAACAACCACCUGUAUCCGCCAGAACUUCGCUCAGACUGCCAUCGCUCUCCAGAACACUUUGAGGAGCUCAGGUCUGCGUUUUCAGUAGCUAGAUCAUCAUCUGCACUGGGAAAGACCCGCAGACAUGAGAAGAGGGUGGCAUUGACGUUUGAUGUAGAGUAUGUGAACAUUGGUGGCCAUUUUAACAAGUCAUCUGGGCUCUUUACAUGCCGUGUACCAGGGGUGUACUUCUUUGCGUUCACUGUAGGGAAGCAUCCCAAGCGAGCAUUGUCGGUAAAGCUAAUGAAAGGCAGCGGAGAGGUGCAGGCCAUGGUGUUUGAUGAGGACACAUCCCGGAAAAGAGAGAUGCAAAGUCAGAGUCUUCUGCUCUUACUGAACCAAGGAGACACUGUCUGGCUGUACAGCCAGCAGGACGAGCGUUACGGUGUGUACAGCAACCAGGGACGCUACACAACUUUUACUGGGUUUCUAGUGUACCCCCUUUUAGAUUUCAAUAGCUAG